AUGGAUACACUAUUAACGGCAGAUAUUGUGGUGAAUUCCCCACGGUUUCGACGCAAGUCGUCGACUUUUGUCGAUGCGAUCCAUGAUCUACCGGAAAAGGCCGAUUUAGCCCCGGCUCAACUGUACAGCACGGAAUCUGGACGACUGUUCCACUCGGGUCGGAUUGUCAUCAUUACAGUAGGGCUACCCGCGAGGGGCAAGACGCACAUGUCAGUAGCACUGGCACGAUAUCUUCGAUGGCUCGGUGUCAAAACAAGGAUAUUCCAUUUGGGAGAUUAUAGACGUGCUACAAUCGCUUUCGGGGAAGAUAUUCCGGAUGAUUACUUUUUUGUGAACGCGUCUGCUUCCUCCGUACUCCUGCGACAAAAGAUCGUCAAAAAAUGUCGAGAGGACAUAUACCAGUUCUUGAAUGAAGAAAAUGGCCAGAUAGCGAUAUAUGAUGCUGUCAAUCCAUUGCCCUCCGGACGGCGAUCGCUUGCGAACGAGUUUGCGAAACAUGAUAUCGAGACACUAUUCAUUGAAUCGUGGUGCGAUGACGAACGUAUCAUUGAGGAGAAUGUUCGCAGAGUAAAGAUAUCAUCACCGGACUACGUAGGAUGGACCUCUGAAGAUGCAGUCAAGCAUUACCUUACUCGCAUCACUGCUCGGAUCCCGCAAUUUCAAACCAUGGAGGAGAAAGAUCUGAAUUACAUCAAGAUGAUCAAUGCUGGAGAACGACUGAUCGUCAACAACCGGAGCUUUGGAUAUCUUUCCAAUCGAAUCGUAUUUUAUCUCUUGAAUCUUCAUAUCAAAUCCCGGCGUACAUAUUUCGCACGUGCCGGUGUUUCUUCCGGAGCCAGUUCCUACAAAGCAGAUGCCUCCUUAUCGGAACUAGGGGAGGAUUAUGCAAAGAAAAUGACCGAAUGUUUGGUGAAGCACAGAGAAUCCGAACGACAGGAAACGAUCAAUCAAGAAGGAGCAGACCAUAUGUUGAAGCCACUGACGAUCUGGACCUCCACGAGACGCAGAACGGUUGAAACCGCGAAGUAUUUGUAUGAGACUGGGUACAAGGUUCGACAAAGAUCUCAGCUCAGCCAACUGAAUCCGGGAGUGUGUGAAAAGAUGUCCGAGAAGAAGAUCCGAGAAGAAUAUCCUGACGAGGUAGCCAAACAUGAGCUUGACCCAUACCAUCAUAGAUAUCCUCGGGCAGAGUCAUAUCACGAUCUUGCCGUACGGCUUGAGCCUAUUAUCCUGGAACUCGAACGCGAACAGAAUGAUCUCCUCAUUAUUGCCCACGAAAGCGUUCUAAGGGUUCUCUACGGUUACCUUAUGGCAUGCAAUGCCGCGGAUAUCCCUUUUCUAGAAUUCCCACGGGACGAAAUUAUCGAGAUUAUUCCUGAAAGCUACCAGAACGAGGCACGCAGGAUUCAUAUUCCUGACCUCCCCAAGGAAAUUAUUCCCGGUUCACCUGAGGACAUCAAGAUCCCUGUGCCUCCGAGUGGGGUAAGCACCCCUUCGAUUGGAGGGAUAGGCAGCCCAAAAGAUGGCCUCUCAACGCCCCAGAGUGGUCUUCGAACUCCGCGUGAGCCCGAACGAAUUUCUCAGCAGCAUUAUGGUGCAAUGAGACCUUCGUUUGAUACUAAUUCGCAUCGAAAAGAACGAGGUGGGGAAGGAGAUCUGAGGUACGGAUAUGGCCUAAGAGAUUGCGGUUCUUUUGAGAGGUUGGCCGCGCUUAUCGAUAAGCCAGUUCGUACCAAAAAUCAUUACCCAAUUCCCCGACGGAACAAUUUAUUCGUUUCCUGUGUCCAUGCGACAGCGAAUUGUUCACAUAGGAUUUGGGCCCGGAAUUCGAGCUCCAUGGUCUCUAUCACCACAGACUACAUCAGCGUGGGGGGCAACCGGCACCCGGCCGCGGCGGACUGGGACGUUCAGUCGGGGGUGCUCGCCUUUGGCGCUGAUAAUAAUGUAGCGCUUUGGGAUCCUGUGGAUGACUCUCAACGCGGGGUCUACUCUCUUCUCGUCGGCCAUGGCGACAAGGUCACCGCUGUCCGCUUUUACACAUGUCCUAUGACAGGCGCCACUUUCCUUCUGACCGGCUCCGUCGAUUGCACUGUUCGGUUAUGGCGAGCUCAUCCCGACGAUCAACGUUCCUUUGCCCAUGUGUGUACUUUGGAGGGUCACACAAGCUCGGUCAAUACGCUUGCAGUGGCACCCGGUGCGAAUAUCGUUGCAUCUGGUGCGGCGGAUGGGACUGUUAGGAUUUGGAGACUGUGUGUGGAUGAGUCGGUACAUGGAGAGUUGGUCGAAACCAUUCCCAUGAAGCCUCGGUUUUUCCCGCUGGCCCUAGCUUUGCAGUCACUCCAGACGGACAGCAAAGAUGGAGCCUUAGUCCUGGCAGUCUCCGGCACGACCAAUGCUAUACAGAUAUUCGUGGCUGAAUCCACGACCAAAGACCCUGCGUUUAAACUUUCGGCUGUGCUAUCCGGCCAUGAAGCUUGGGUGCGCUCUUUGUCCUUCACACAGGACAAGCAGAGCAAGGAGGGGGACUUCCUGCUUGCUUCAUCUAGUCAAGACAAAUAUAUUCGACUCUGGCGAUUGCACCGGGGAGAAUUUUCCCAACCCAUAUCCGAAGACGAAGACGCAAUCCUGGGAGGAAUGGAACCUACACUCUCCAACAAAGCCCACCAGUUCGAAGUGAUGAGCAAUAAGUAUUCAAUCACGUUUGAAGCUCUUCUGUUUGGCAACGAGGAUUGGAUAUAUACUACAGCGUGGAAUCCGAGCUCCGAACGACAACAGCUCCUCUCUGCCUCCGCGGACAAUACCCUAACCAUAUGGGAACAAGACUCUGUCUCUGGCGUUUGGAUACCCGCCGAAAGGAUGGGAGAGAUUAGUGUGCAGAAGGGAUCAACUACGGCGACCGGGAGCACCGGUGGGUUUUGGAUCGGUCUCUGGUCUCCCAGCGGCGAACAAGUUGUGAGUCUUGGUCGAACGGGCAGUUGGAGAGCAUGGAGCUACGACGCCGACGCCGAUAUGUGGAUGCAGAGGCUAGGCAUAACUGGACAUGUGCAAUCGGUCAAUGGCAUCCAGUGGGAACCCACCGGAGGCUAUCUCCUUUCUACUAGCGGUGAUCAAACAACACGUCUCCAUGCACCGUGGCUUCGGGAUGGUCAAAAGUCGUGGCAUGAAUUUUCCAGACCCCAGAUUCAUGGCUAUGACCUAAACUGUAUCGGCACGUUGGGAGCGACGCGUUUCGUUUCUGGCGCCGACGAGAAACUGCUGCGAGUAUUUGAUGAGCCAAAACCCGUCGCACAAAUGCUACAGAACUUGGCUGGCUUCCAGCAACUAACAGAGAGCGAGCUGCCGGAUACUGCCCAGAUUCCAGUACUCGGACUUUCUAAUCAGUCUACGGGCAAAGAGGCACCGACCGAUGGGGAUGAGGUCGAUGAUGCAGGAGUUGGACAAGCCCAGGAAAGCCAGCAAUUGCUGGCAACUUCCACCCACCCUCCGCUCGAAGACCAGCUGGCUCGGUAUACGCUGUGGCCGGAGCAUGAGAAGCUCUAUGGGCACGGUUAUGAGAUAUCCGCCGUGGCCGUCAGCCAUGACCGGACACUCAUCGCCACGGCCUGCAAAGCAAGCUCCAUAGACCAUGCGGUAAUUCGUCUAUAUGACACAUCUGACUGGCAUGAGAUUCGACCCUCCCUUGCAGCUCAUUCUUUGACCAUCACGAGCCUGUGUUUCUCGAGUGAUGACCAAUACCUUCUUAGUGUCGGGCGAGAUAGACAGUGGGCCGUCUUCUGCCGCGAUGAACAGGAACGAUCCUCGUUCUCACUCAUGAUUUCAAAUCCUAAGGGCCACUCCAGAAUGAUACUCGACGCCUCAUGGGGGCCGAUAUGCGAACAGCCCAUCUUUGCAACGGCAGGACGAGACAAGUCUGUAAAGAUCUGGCAAAAGGCAGAAGACUCAUUUAUGUGCAAGGCGACCAUCCAGUUAAAAUCUCCUGUCACGGCAAUCUCCUUCCUUCCUCGCCAACACAACGGGCACCUAAUUCUUGCUUCUGGCGAGGAGAGUGGGGAGCUCUCGGUCCAUCAGGUCGCGGUCGAAAGCUUCGAAACGCAGCAAUUGGCAAGCGUUGAUCGGGCCAUGUGCCCCUCAAAGGCGAUCACAGAGCUCAUAUGGCGACCACUGGGCUCUAGGGACGAGGAAAACACAUCGCCAAUCUCCCAUUUUGAGCUUGCUGUUGCAAGUGAAGAUACGUCGAUGCGCGUCUAUAACAUUUCUGACAUGGUUUUAUGA